AAUGAUCGCGUCACAGCGCGGCGCAAGUGGCAUGAUGGGUAACAGUGCUGUUUACGGCCUGGUCUUUUUGUUUGUGAUUUGAUCAUUUUUCUGAAAUUCAAAACAAUUCCGCAGUUACUCUCUGAUUCUCGGAUCGCAAAACCGAUAACUCAAGAAGAGUAAGUUACCAUGAGAAAACUACUGAGUGUAGCUGUUCUAUUGGCAGUUUGUGGGUGUCUAGCGGAUGCUAGAGCAACAGGGAACCACAUCCAAAAGGCAUCAAAGAAAGACGUUUUGAGAUGGUCUGACCUGACUAGAAGUACGGGCGUGUGCGAGGACCACCCCUACUGCUACAAAUACUCGGGUAUCGACUGCAUACAGACGUACGUCAAGAGCAACUGUAUGAAGAUGUGUGGGCUGUGUGGACAAAAGAAAGUCAUCCACACCCCUGCUGUUGUAUACUACAACAAAAACAAACAACAAGCGAAGAAGCGAGUGGCUCGUAGUCCUCACCCCACCUACCAGCCAACACAGACUCAAGUGCUCUUCGAUCAUGUCGGCCAUUACCAGCAUUUCAACUUUCUCUUUCCCAAUACACCUGCCGUGUGGCACGACUAUAACAACAGGCCCCCAUUCCUGAACGAGAAUGCUAAGGAUGCGUCAGCCCAGCAGGGCGCGAAGCAGGAGGACCAGAAAGCGGAGUCGACCCAGCCUAAACUAGAGGGAUGGAGCACACAGGGUGAUAGUACUGGUAGCUUGAAGGGGGUCAAGGUCCCAGCUAGCGCUUAUGAGCAAGCAAGACAAGGCAAAGAUGUGUACAUUGCUGUCAUGAACAAAAACGGUGAGAAGACCGCUGAUCAGAUGACAGCGCAGCCGCAGAAUGACCAUGCCCGAGAAGAGCAAGUGAAAUCAAGCGACGAGCCCAAGCGAUUUGGCAUGUGUGGAAAUAUGCCGUGCCAUAUCCCGUGUCCCUACGGCAACUGUCCUGAAGGCACGCCCAAAGCACCUGAAGUCAACCACCCAUUCAUGGUUUACUGCGACGAUAAGUUCCCUCAGUGUGGUGUGCUUCAUUCCGCAUGUAAUGACUCGUGGCUGCAAAUUUACUGUCCUAAAAAAUGCGGCUUGUGCAAACGCGACGAGUCACAGACGCUAAGCGACACGCACGCAGUAGCCGACGCUAAAACAAAACAAGCCGAUGCCCAGCCGACAUCCACCGAAACCGCUACGAAGCCUGUCGAGACUCCGGUAGAGAACAAGUUCUACCCUACCGAAGUGAAAGAUCUGGAUGACCCUUCCAGUCUCAUGUCGAAACUCAUCGCUCCCGCUCCGGGCGACAAGCCGCAAAAGGCCAAGUAUACCAUCCACGUAAAGCCCAAGUUUGUGAAUGGUGUCCCACAGCCUCAGGAGAUCGCAAUCAUGCCCCCAGACGCGCUUGGUAUCGCUAGUGAUAAGCCGCUGGUUAUACUUAAGCAGACCGUGACCAAAAACAUGAUCGAGAACAUCGAGAUUGACGUCCCUAGAAAGGGAACAAAGUACACCAGCGAGCCGAAGGUCGAGGUGAUCGAGGGGAGCAACAAAGAAAUCCUUAGCGUCAGUCAAGGACAGGCUGACUUGAACAGUGCCGAAAAGGCACUAGAGGCUAAAGCUGCGGCCUCUGAGGCCCAGGAAGCCGCGGCGGGAAAUACACAGGUAGUCCAAGCGGUACCAGCUCAACAAAACCAGGCCGAUAUGAUACAGGGACCACAGGCAGCCCAGUCUGAAGCUACACAACAAACACAGGCUACCCAAGCUGAACCAACCCAACAAGCACAGGCUAUACAAGGUGAUGCAAGCCAGCAAGCACAGGCUACCCAAGUUGAUGCAAGCCAGCAGGCACAGGCUGCCCAAGCUUAUGCAAGCGAACAAACACAGGCUACCCAAGCAGAUGCAACCCAGCAGACUCAAAGUUAUGCCAGCCAGCAAUCACAGGCUUCCCAAGAUUAUCCAAGCCAGCAGACACAGGCUACCCAACCACAAGAGCAGCCCGCAGCUCAACAGUACCAGGCCCCAACAGCCGAUCAGACACAGGCAUAUCAGGAUACUCAGACACAAAAACCACAGGAAGCCCAGCCUACCCAAGCUGCACAACAGGACAACCAGACACAGCAGCCGGCCCAAGGCGAGUCACAGAAUGCGUACAACACUUAUGCUUCACAGAACGACGCCGCACCUGCGGAGCCUCAGUGUGGUGAUGAUACGCGUUGCUCCUCCUACAACACAGGGAUGUGUAGCGAGGCCUGGCUGCAGACCAACUGCAAGAAGAUGUGCGGACUAUGUUAGGAUAUGACGUCAUGCGAAGCACAAAAUUUCGGUGGAGGUUCCUGAUGCAACGUGACACGUGGGAAAGUAAUAUGAUAUAGUUCAGGAAGGCUAUAUGGAAUCUCGAUCAAAGAUUCAACUUUCAACAACACCUAUAGGUUGUGAUUUCAUAGUACAAGUCGCUAUCGCCGUACCCUUCGCCCACACCCGCCUUUAUACUUUCUUUUAUUAUGAGUUCGCUUAAAUAAACGCUGAUUUUCUUGCUUUAUCAAUUCGGUAAAAUAAAUAUCUAGUUUUAUUUUUUAAAUAAAUAUUUCUGGGCUAUUCUCGCUGUGCCAUAUUAUGAUUGUAAUAAAGAUACAUAUAUAUAACCUGAA